AUGGCGGGCAUCAGUGUGAAAGAGGAAGACGUGGAGGAUGAGAGCAUGCUGUUAGAGUGCAAUGAUGACGGCGAGGCCUUGUCUCUUUUCGGUGAAGCAACGCCGGUCCCUCCGGGUGUUGUGCUGGACAAGCUCUCCGCGAUGCUUUCGACGGGCCGAGCUCGUCUGAGAUUCGCAUCGGGACGCAGUUGCUUGGAUGGCGAGCUGGCUCAUUGUCCACGUUCCGGUCUUCCUCGAUUGCUAGCCCUUUCAGCAUUUGUUGGGAUCUGCUGGCGGUUGCCUUUUUUUGUGGAUGCGGCUGUGCGUCCUAUGUCCUAUGCCGCUGACUUGCGAUGGAACGACGCGCUCUUUGGAAACUGGACGCAGUGCAGAAAUUGGAAGCGAUUGAGGAAACCAGAAUUCAGGAACUCCAGCAUUCAGGAAACUGGCUUUAUGUGA